ACAAAAAAUGUCCUAAAUCAAACAUCCCACAUCGAAAGUUUCUUCAUCCUUUCGAUCAAAACAUGCUUUCAAGAACACCCCUUGUCCCUCUUCUUGUGUUGCUAAUUUUCUCGUAUUCAUGCUCCGUUAUCGCUCUUGUCCACCAAGAUUUUCUCGACUGUUUGUCCCUUAGCGACGAGGACACAAACGAUAUAUCGAGCGUGCUCUACACUCCAAUCAACUCAUCCUACUCGACGAUCCUCGUCGACUCGAUAAGAAACACCCGAUUCGCAACCCCGACGGCGCCGAAACCGCUACUCAUCGUAACGCCGGUGCGCGAAUCCCAAGUCCCUCCGAUCAUACUAUGCGCGAAACAAAGCGGGUUACAAAUCCGAACCCGUAGCGGCGGGCACGACUACGAGGGACUCUCGUACUUAUCGAGAAUCCCUUUCAUGAUCCUCGAUCUGUUCCGUCUUAACGAUAUCGAUAUUGAUCUCACGACGAGAACCGCAUGGGUUCAAACCGGCGCAACCAACGGGCAAUUAUAUAAUACCCUCUAUAACACCGACCCGACCCUCGGAUUCCCCGCCGGCGGGUGCCCCACCGUCGGAGUCGGCGGGCUCUUCGCCGGCGGCGGAUACGGCGGCAUGUUUAGAAAAUACGGCCUCGCUGCAGAUAACAUCAUCGAUGCACGCAUAGUCGAUGUUAACGGGAGGAUCCUCGAUAAGGUUUCAAUGGGCGAAGAUCUUUUUUGGGCGAUUCGCGGCGGCGGAGGCGCGAGUUUUGGAGUUAUUCUUGCAUGGAGAGUGCAAUUAGUGACGAUGCCGGAUCUCGUCACGAUAUUCGCCGUCACGCGGACGCUCGAGCAAAAUCUAACCGACAUUCUCGACCGUUGGCAAUACGUAGCUCCGAAUCUUACGAAAGAUAUCUACAUUGGAGUCUUCGUAGCUCCCGUGUUUACAACCAACGUCAGCUUAACACUGCAAGGCAGUUUUGGCUCGUUAUACCUAGGUCGGAAAUCUGACCUUCUUAAAAUAAUGGACAACGAUUUCCCCGAGCUAGGCGUUACGGCCGAGGAUUGCCAAGAAGUGAGAUGGAUCCAAUCGUCGCUCGUAUUCGGGGGGUACACUAUCGACGCAAAUCCCGACAUAUUAUUGAGUCGAAACCCGACAAUCCCUAGUAGCAUUCGGGCGACGAGGUUUAGUUACAAGGCGAAGUUAGAUUAUGUCCACAAACCCAUCCCGAAACGGGCUUUCAAAGGCCUAUGGAAGUUGAUGUUAGAACGACAACCCGAUCAGGGCGAACUACUGUUCGCCCAUUACGGGGGGAAAAUGAAUGAGAUUUCAGAAUCCGCAACGCCGUUUCCUCAUAGGAACGGGACGUUAUUCAAGAUCCAACAACUCUCGUAUUGGAAUCAUACGGGGAAUUCGAGGCAGUCGAUACGAUGGGUUAGACGGGUCAACAGAUACCUGACCCCCUACGUUACGAAGAAUCCGAGGCUGAGUUAUAUGAAUUAUAGGGAUCUUGAUUUGGGAAUCAACAAUGUCGGAAACACGAGCUAUAGACAAGCGAGUUCGUGGGGUUUGAAGUAUUUUAAAGGGAAUUUUAGACGAUUGGCCGAGGUUAAGACCGUGGUUGAUCCGACUAACUAUUUUAGACACGAGCAAAGCGUCCCGUUGUUGAAAGACAAGAUUCAAGAAACAAGUUUUACUUCACAAGUUGAGGUAUCUUCGAUGUGAUUACUAUAGAAACUAUUCUCAUAUAUAUAUAUAUAUAUAUAUGUAUGUUUCUUCGAUGCUUGUAAUAAUUUGUGCAAUAGUCGAUAAGGGAGUCAUCAUCGAGUGGUUGUAGUUUUCUUGUCUUUUUUGGUUUUUUCGAAUAAAUGUGUGUUUUUGGAAUUA